AUGUUCCUGCAUCCAAUUUGUUUGGACUCCCACUUGCACAAUGGUUUCCAUCGCAUACCACUCGGACCACGACAUCUCUGGCAUUCUGACUAUCUCACACGGAGUACUGAGUUUUGUGGCCACUGUUCUCUUCUUGCUCAGACUUUAUGCCUCAUGGAGGACACCACAUGCAAUAUGGACAGCAGAUGUUCAUAUUUCUUUGAUAGCUUUGGUAAGUACUCGCCACAACUCACGUUGAAACAAUACGAGACAUGGCGCAAAGUGGAACAAACUGACUCAAAGGAUAAAAGCUGGCAAAUCACGCUUUGCUUGCUAUUGAACUUGCCGCUGUUCCACUCGGUCUUGGGACCAACAUUCAAGAUGUCAUGGAAAAUCAACCUGGCGGUACGGCCCCUCUGUUCAAGGCAAUGUAUUCUAGCCAUCGACAUUAUACACUGCGUAGCAUGCUCGGCCGCCAAGAUAGCAGUCCUCGCGAUGUACUACCGCCUUUUCUCAGCUUCAAAGGUUUUGCGGUGCUGGGUAUGGGGAACAACGAUCGCAAUCUUGCUGUGGCUCAUUGCUGUGAUUUUUGUCAGCACUUUCUCGUGUCUGCCUGUGGAGUACCACUGGGAUAAGUCGCUUCCGGGCAGCUGUAUGGGGAUCAGCAAAAUAGGGAUUCUAUUCCCGAACAUCCUCUUCGACAUCAUAGCCAUGGUCCUUCCCAUCAACGAGAUAUGGAGGCUUCAAAUGCGACGGACCAAGAAAGCGGCACUCACAGGCAUCUUCUUGAUCGGCGGCAGCGUAAUCCUCAUCUCCAUCUCCCGACCGCUUCUCUUCUGGAUCUUCCGUCCAGUGCCCGGUAUAGCGCACAACGUCAGCCAGACAACCAUCUUCCCCUACACGGCAUCGGCCGCCGAAGUCUGCCUCGACAUCAUCGGCGCCUGCCUGCCGCCCUGUGCGUCUCUCUUCAGGCGCUUUUUUGGUGGCGUCGUGAGCGUUGUGAAAUCAGGACAUCAUUACUCCACCUCGCGGGGCAAAUCCAGCGGCAAAGAUUCGUCUACAAAGAGGUCCAGCAAGGUACACGCACUCACCAUCGGUAAAGCGAGUAACCGCAAGCGGGCCGCCGCCGCCAAUGACACAAUCGAUCUCGAGGGGUCUUUUGAACGGCUCGGGGACGGUGUGAGCUGGCAAGGGUCGACGGACGAAUUGUAUGGGAUGGAUGAUCUUCAGCACAGCAAAGCGAACGUGGUUGAUGGCAAGGAACGUGAUGGGAUAUGCGUCAGGCAUGAUAUCCAAAUUGAUCAUGGGGGCACAGUUACGGAGGAAGACAUUAGAAAGUGGCACCGAGGAGACGUCUUCGACGGGAGAUCUAGCAGACUUUCGGGAGAAGCUAGGGGAUUAUGA